UGCUGCUGCUGCUGCUGCCAGCGUAGUCUCUGUCGCCGUCGACUGCGCUGUUGGCGUCAAUACGUGUUGGUUAAUUUGCAUAAAAAUUUUCUUUUCAAGCCGAAGUUCAUCAAAUUUUUAUCAGCGCCGCCGCCACAGCUGUCGCUUGAUUCAGGCAAUUAUCAAAGCUGCCUUAAAAAAAAAAUAAAACAUGUUCGACCACAUAUUGGGGCGAGCCUUAUCUUGAUUUCCAGCAUAAUUUUUAAACGCUUAUUCUGAGGGUGACAAUCAUCUUGGUAUAAAACUGGCACCUCACCUCUUGACCACAUCAUUCAGUGCUCGCAGCUCCAACUAGAACUAGAACCCCAAAGAUGCGCGCAUUCAUCGUCUUGUGCCUUGUGGCCGUUGCCUGUGCCGAUAAACUUGGCUACAACUACCAGCCGGUAGGACACUCCAGCUCAGGACUGUCGUUCGCUCCUGGCAGCGGAAGUGUCGGAAUUGGCUCCCUUGGAGGAUCCAGCUCAGGUUCCCUUGGUAUCGAUGACUCUGGACUGGGCAGCUCAGGACUUGGCAUCUCUGGUCUGGGCAGCUCUGGUCUGGGCAGCUCUGGACUGGGUGGCUCUGGAUUGGGCGGCUCUGAUCUGGGAAGCUCGGAUUUCGAUGAGCCACAAGCUUUGGAGCGUGCUUCUAGUUCCGUCAACAAGGGUCUCCGCGUUGUUUUCAUCAAGGGUCCCGAGAACCGUGGUCUAGAGAACGCUGCUCUGGCUCUGGCCAAGCAGGCUGCCGAGCAGCAGACCGCCAUCUAUGUCCUAAACAAGCAGGCCGAUAUCGGUGAUCUGGCCAACAAGUUGAACGCCAUUCGCAGCAAUAGCAACAACAAGCCCGAGGUGCACUUCGUCAAGUACCGCACUCCCGAGGAUGCUGCCAAUGCACAGCGUGCCAUCCAAUCACAGUACGAUCAGCUGGGAGGCACUAGCCAGUCUCACAAUGGAGGUGUGGCCAAUGCUCUGAACUUCGCAUCAGCUCCACAGUACCGUCAGCAAAGUGCUCAAAUUCCAGAAAACUCUUACCUGCCCUCGUCUGUCCUCCGUCGUCUGCGUUACCGUCUCUAAGUAUAUUUUAUCAACUGUUUUGUUGAGCCCCUGUUAUCUAUUGAUUUGUCAAAUAUUUCAAAUACACUUAUUUAAAACGUAUCCCACAUGUUUCUUAUCUCCGACCACAAAUAAAGGUCCGUCUAACGAUA